AUGCAUAACGAUGAUUUAUUUCGUUUCGUUGCAAUCGGAAAUGUUGUAAUAAGUAUUCUAACAAUAGUUUGCAUCACUUCCUUUAUUCCAAUAUUCAAGGCUAAAAUUGAAAAUGAAACAAUGGAGACACACAUGAUGGUAGAAAAAUUCCAGGAGAAGACAGACGAAAUAUGGAUCAAUCUAAGGAACUUAAAUGCACAGAGAUUUCAUGACAAGUUGCUGUAUUAUCGGACAGUGCGAUCAUUCUGGUAUGGCGGAACAUGUCGAGGAUGCUAUUCAUUGGCAUGUCCGUAUGGGCCACCUGGACCACCAGGUCCUUCGGGAUUAGAUGGUCUUCCUGGCAACGCUGGAAAACAGGGAAAACCAGGUACGGACGGUUAUGAUAUACCAUUGAAACCGGAAUCUGUUCUUCCAUGUGUUCUUUGUCCAACUGGUCCACCAGGACAACGCGGUUCACAAGGUGAACGAGGACGGACGGGCGAACCAGGACCAAAGGGAACAGUAGGAGAACAUGGAAGGCCCGGGAUGGACGGUAAUGCUGGAAGGACAGGGAUUAAAGGAAUGCGUGGGGAAAAAGGAAAACGAGGACCUCGAGGACCAGAAGGCGAUUCAGUUGUUGCAGGUAAAGGAAUUAGAGGUGCAAAAGGGCCAGCAGGUUCCACAGGUCCAAAGGGUCCUAUGGGUAUACCAGGAAAACCCUCAAAACUGCCUGGUGAAUCCGGUAAUCCGGGUAGCCCCGGUCGUGUUGGUCCGUACGGCAAUCCAGGACACAGAGGGGUCGAAGGAUCAUGGGGACCACCCGGUGAACCAGGUACUCCAGCUGAAUACUGCCCAUCAGACUGCGGAAUUUCCAAAAUCUAUAAUCCUCCAUUCGAGUCCAAGCAAGAAAAAACUCCUGACAAGUACAGUAAUAAACAAGGAUUGUAUCAGACAUAUGGCCUGAAGCAUGGAUUUGAAUUACUGCAAUUAGAUCGAAAUUAG